UUGAAAAGUAUUCAGACUCAGAGUGAUGCUGCAGCUGGAGGUCUGCUGCUGAAGCAGUUUAUUAUUAUUAUUAUUAUUAUUAUUAUUAUUAUUAUUAUAUUUAUCCUUUAAAAUGGAGUACAUGGAUCAAAAAAUAAUUUCAGAGCAGCUGAAGAAAAAUGACGAAAUAUUUAGAAACACCAUGGAGCGGAUUUUCCAAAAAUAUUCGAAUUUAGAUGGUCCAGGACCUGAAGUCUGCCUGAAAACCAUGACCAUCACAUCUGGGAACGAUUCUGUGCCUCUGAACAGCGCUACAGCAGAAGAAGAGCUGCAGCACUUAAGGGAUCAGCUCAAAAAGCGGUCACUGCAGGUCUCGGAUAACCCACAGGAAGAACAGAGUCUCUUGGAUCAAGACGCGAGUUCAUCUCUGUCUUCAUGCCAGAUGGAUGAAACCAUAGAUGAUCUCGAAUGUUCCAGUCAGAUGGAAAACUGCACUAGCGGCCAGUGUUCUGAGACUUCCCAUCUUUUUGCAAAAUCCAUGAGCAGCUCUCGCAGCUGUUUGUGGGACGAGCCGUCUCAGCCUGAGGAAGAGGACCCGGAUCUGGAGAGAACUCUAAACAGCAACGGCAGCACUCUAUUGGACGUCUAUCCCAGCAUGCUGAACCAGAUCGGCGAGGCAUACCGACGUCAGCACGUGACCAACGUGGCUAGCUCUGUCUUGCGCAGGUAUCGUCGUAGGCGCUGGCAGUCUUCCCAAGCACAGCACCACAGUUACAUUUUCAGCAAUGACCAUAAUCCCACGCUGAACAGGACGAGAGAGAGAGCAACUACUGCCCCGAAACCAGCCCGUGAUAACAUCAGUAACCACCAGAAAAGUAUGUUCAGGUAUCAGGGAUCUUCACCACACAAAAGCAAGCUGGACUUUUCACCAAUGAAGAGUAUCAGUAAUACAUCCCUAGUGUCCACGGCUUGUUUUUAUUCACCAAGAAGAGAUGAUGCGGAGAAAACAACGCGAGUGGAAAACAGUUCAGCCCACUGGACAGGCCAGUGCUCGAGCAGCAAGUCACCACGUCAUCGACCCGUUCGUGUGCUGGACCUUUCAACUCCCCCAUCUUCUGGUUCUUCCUCUCCUCAUUCUCCUUCACCAGAUCUCAACCAGACCUACGUUGUUGAACCGGUCUUUUUGCCAAGAUCUCAUGGGGUUUCAGCCUCCUCUGUCGCUGGCACAACAUGGUCACCGUUAAAAAUGGCCAGAAUGUCAUCUCUUGCAAACCAAAGAUGUAACUCUGAUAAUCCGUCACCAUCCUACUAUCGCUCAGGCCUGCGCAGGGACUACAUUCAUUCUCCCACCGCCUCCCCGCAGAGAGCUCUCAGUGUUCCUCUUUCUCAACUGAGGAGUCCUCUAAAGGCCAAAAUUAUUAGCGACCAGCAAACAUCCUUGUCCUACCCUAAACAAGCGUCGCCCAUGAUUCGUACCUCCGAGGUGUGCCGAUCUCCUUACCAAGGUCAGAGAGAUCAUUCUCCCUAUCAGAAGAAUCCCAGCAACCAGCUGAAACGCCAGCCGUCCUUCUCCAGCCACAUUUCCCCAUCCUCUACCAUCUCCCGGAUCCCCAGCAGGCAGAUUGAUGCUGAGUUCAUGAGUCUUUAUCAUCAUUUUAUCUGUCGUAGCACCAACCCUACAUCUUCCUGUCAUCUCUGCAAGAGGCGAUCCGGCAUCCAGAGUCCGGCUUUGUCCUCCACGAGCAUGUCGGCACUCUCUCUAACUCCUGUACGGAGCCAGCUGAAGAAGAGAUCUCGUGAGCCAGAGGUAGUGGAAUCGCUGAGAUUCAAGCGUUUCCGUGAGAGCUGUUCACCACGACGGACCCCUUCUGACCAGUUCUGGCCGCAGCAGCAGGAGGUGAACAGAUAUGUAGAUACUGCAGUGAUGGAGCCCAAUGAGGACAAAUACACCUGGAACAGGGCUCUUCUCUUACAGUGUCCCAGCCCGGGAUUUCUCAGAGCCAUAAGACAAAGUGGAUCAGGAAGCAACGGGAGGAGACCAAGCUCCAGACUGGACCUGCAGACACAGCACUACUCCCCAUCAUGGAGAGAAUCGUUGAGGUAUCGUGGUGAGGGUGAGAAUUUUGACAUCUCUGAAGGCACCAGGUCACCAGGGAGAGCCUGGGAUCGGAGUGGUGUCUCAGCCUCGCCAAGGCUGUCAAGAAGGCGGCUCCUGUAUGGCCCUCUCCAGUGAUGCGCUUUCCCUGUUCGUUUAAGAGAAGCCAUUACUGUAGGUUACUGUAAGUUCAGAAAGGAAACAUUACAUUGACCGUGUAAGUCCCUGUUAAUUCCAUAUUAUAGCCAGGAAAAGAAAGUUUCUCUGACCCAAAGGAAAAAGCUUUCAUCAACAUUUAAACAAGACAUAUUAUUUGUGAUUAUAGCGGUCAGUGUUCAAGCCUGUCCAGUUUAAAUACAGGAAACAGCUUGUGAAUAAAAAUUCCUGUGUAACGUAUGUAAUAGUUUUUUGUUUUUUUUUCCUUUCUGCUAGACAAACUCCAUGUUUUUGUCUACAAAUUAUCUUUGUGUUCACGCUGCAUGUAAACUGAAUUUAAUAAAUAUGUUUUCUAC